GUUUCUCUUUCACAUGCCCUUACAUAAAAAAUUUAGGAUUGAAAUCGGAAGAAGCGAACGCGGCCCUCCCCGCCACGCCAAGAAAAUCAAUCCUAAUUCUACCCGGUAGCAGAUGAGAGAGUGAUGAUGAUUGGUGAAGAAGAUGAAUUGAACCAGCGCGGCGGAACUGAGACUGCCCCUCCGAUAAAUCACCGCACCAGCGGCGGCGGCGAUGGAAACGGACACGUAAACCUAGCCAAAGACGGUGGAGUUGAGGGAUCAGCUUCUUCCUCUGCCACGUCAUCGCCGUCUUCCAAGAAGAAAGCGAAAUCCUGCAAAGGAUGUCUGUACUAUUCUUCGACAAUCAAGUCCAAAGCUAAAAAUCCCCUCUGCGUCGGCAUUCCUCGUUCUUUACCCCAAGUGCCUCAAUUUAUAGUUGGGGAAUCAGCUGCGGAAGCUUAUAAAGAGGGUAGAAGUCUUACGGAUUUCAAGUAUGCUUGUGUUGGUUAUUCUGUUUAUGCUGAUAGAAAGUCCCGUCCGAUCAACGGGCAACAAACACAAACUGAACUGCCAGCUUGUGUCGGGCUUGAGAUUCUACUUGAUAAAAGGCCUGUCCCAACCAAUCAUGCUCCUGCCAAUUCCCAUAAUCCGGAAGAUGUAGGAGUGCCCCAACCUCAAACCCGACCUCAUAAACCACCUCACUCAAGUGGCGAAGAAUUCCUAACCAGGUUCUAUAGGAAUGCUAACCUGGUAGCCAUGGGGGUAGUCAAGAACUUGCAAAAAGUCGGCAACAAAAUAAAGACGAAUGUGGAUGACAUCCUUAAUCGGCGACCCAAAUGAGACGUGCCCUAUUUAUCAUAACUUUGCAUGACCCAAAAAUAAUGUACCAUUGUCUUUGAACGUGGGAUAUGUAGGGUGGAAANGGGGGGGGGGGGGGGGGGGGGGCGUGGCAAUGUUGUUUAGCACUCUAUUAGGGUCCGUUUGGUAAGGACUAAAAUGGCUUUUGGGUG